AUGGCAAGGCUUCAAUUGAUAAGCAACCAAGCCCAACAAAUAUCGAAGGCAUCACCACCUCCUCCGCCUCCCUUUCCCUCUCAUCCUCCUCUUCCACCCCCACUUCCACUCUCAACACCCUGCAAAACAGGAGGAUUACAAAGAAGUGUUCUUUCGACAACUUCCCCUCAAAUGGUUAAGACAACAUCAAGGAGUUCCACUCCAAAAACAACACCAGGGAGUGAGGAUACAAGGCCUUCUGAAGAGGAAAAUGGAGAUGCCAGUUCUUUAGAUAGACAUGAUUCUGGCGAUACAGAUCCUUCCAAGCCUAAGUUGAAGCCUCUGCACUGGGACAAAGUGCGAGCAAGCUCUGGUCAAUCAAAAUUCAAAGAUCAUUUUAGUAACUCAAAACUUCAUAUGGAUUUCCGUGAAAUCAAAUCUGGAUUUGCUAUUCGAGGAGUCACCGUAGAGGCAAUCAUAGCUUCUCGUGACUCUUUGAGUACUCCUACUGAGGAAGAAGAUUCAGAGAAAGAAGAUGAGGGUUCCCUGGUGAUGAGACCACGAGCCCGAAGACGUAUCGUCUCUGAUGACGAGGCUGAAGUCUCCCCUCAUCUAUCUCUUUCCGAGCCUGUUGUUGCUCCAGUUAUCAUUCCUGAUGAUGACAUCUUUCCUCACGACACUCGUGAGUCUAUCAAUCAAUUUUUUGUUAGUGGUUUUGGUAGUGGAAACUUAGGACCUGUAGCACGUGAUUCCCAGUCGGAAGCAAACAACUGGAAGGAACAGUUUGACAGCGCUCAAAUCGACAUGGAGGAUUUACAAGAGAGAAGAAGUACCUUAGAACAGCAAGUACGAGCAUUAACUUCGGAGCUGGCGGUCAUCAAGGCUUCAUCGAGUCAGGCUGAGAAGGAAAGGGAGCGCCUUGAGUCUUCAUUUUCUGAACAGUUAUCCAAGGCCAGUGAAGAGAUCAGGGCGUUGAAGGAUCUUUUGAAUCAAAAAGAAAUUUAUGCCGGGGAGCUGGUUCAGAAUUUAACUAAGACACAGGAGGAUCUUCGAGCCUCUGUUGAUAAGGUGCAUGCUUUGGAGAGUUCUCAUGCCACCCUUCAAUCUUCUUAUAGUUCUGUCUUGGCUGAGAAUGAAGAGCUCAAGAAUGAGGUAAGUUGGGCAUUCUUAAAUUCACGUCGUGACACCUUACUGGAAAUGGGCCAAGAAAGCUUCAACCUGGAAUCAGAAUUAGCCAAGGUGAAUGAAACCAUUGAACGAGCUCAACAAACACAAGAUUUUUCAUCUCCCGAGGUUGAAGCUCCCGUGAUUGAAACUCCCUUGGCUGAAACUCCCGUUGUUGAAGUUCCUGUGAACGCUGAAAUCGCCACGGGUGUCUCACCUUCUUUAAGCCCAAUUGUGCCUCUUGUUGCAAGCCAAGCUGAGACCUCGUCUGUUGGUGCUCCUGUUGCUGUGAAUGAAGAUCAACUCGCAACCGUUGAUGAUCCUGCCCAAGUUGAGCCCGUUGAUGAUCCUUCUUUAGUUCUCUCUUCUUAG